GAGUCAGUUUUCACAGUGUCAGGUGUAAUAAACCACCUGGACUUUGCCCACAGAUUCUGCAUAGCGAGCUCCUCGCGUGAUGCACAGAGAACUAUCUCUAGGCAUCCGUGAAUGGAGUGAGCAACACACUUUUCAGAGACUGUGUAGGUUGGGCUGUGAUGAAGGACAGAGUAUUAGGUGAGGAAGAAGAAAUGGAAGUGAAGAGCAGCUUACGGAGGGCCCAGUCUCUCAGAAGUGUUUCCACCGAUCGUGUCCUGUCCUGGACUGAAGCUGGACUUAGAGACAAGAAGACAUCUGUCUCUCAGCUUGUGGCACAGUACCAAAACUCUCCUGGAAGAAAAGCCAAAGAAGGUGAUUCAGGGAAUAUCAAGCAUGAGACCACAACAAUUCCUGUCUGUGAGAGCAGAGUUGAGACAAUAGUGAGGAGGACUGAUGUCAAAGAGAAGUCCAGGGUCUCUCCUCUCUCCCCCAGUAAGUCUAUGGAGAGUCUCCCUCGGCACAGACCUACAGGCACCACAGCACUCAGGGCGCUCUUUGAGUCAAAGAUCACCACCCAGCCUGAGUCCAAGAAGAGCAAGACGGCACUUGAAUCAGCGAGCGCUGAGAAAGCCAAUAACACUACUCUUCCCGAUAACAAGGAUGCUGAAGACACAAAGCCACAAGUAGAGGCAGAGGUUAAUAACAGCCAUAAUGAACAAGAGAAAGUGACUGAAGAGGUUCAGGUGAUUACAAAGAGAGCAAGAGCAAAGCAGAUCAUAACCCGAUCUGAUAGAAGAAAGACCAUUUCUGGCAUUUAUAGUGAAAAAAUAUCCCCUCCAGAGGAAGAUAAAAGAAGGUCAGUCGCAGACUUCAGAGACAACUCAGCUCUCUACGAAUUGGAGAAACCCUCUAUUUCCGUCAAAGCUUUGUCUGCACUAUAUCUGUCAAAAGUGGCAGCUGCAGAACCUGCAGGAAACCUCUUGAAACCAGACCAGAAUCUCACUUCUCCAACUGGAAAAAGGCCAAACGCAAGCAAGAUGGCUGAAGGUGCACAAAACAGCACUGCAUAUGCACCUGGAUCAAAUCAACCAAUACACCAUCUGGAAACCAGCUCUGAAGAACAUGAACGACCCUUUACUUCACCACCCCCUACCCGGGAAGCAAUGUCUAUUCUGCACCAACGGCAACAGAAAUGCGAGCUUAGACGACUGCUAAAACACACUUAUCCUGAGUUGAAAAAUGUAGACAGUUUGGUAGAGGAGGAGUUGGCUGAUAUUCUUAACUUGGACCCAGUCACAGACACGGGAUACCAAAGUGAGUUUCUGUCUAGGUGCUGGCUGUUUGAGAACCAUGAAAUCAAUUCAGUGGAUACCCUUGAUCAAAAAGCACAGAUGAAAAAGGAGUUUCAAGAGGGCGACAUCAAGAGAACCGUCUGCAUGUUUGAACAACCUUUGUCUAACUCCAACAACAAAGACAACAAACCGCAACUCAACAAAUCAGAAGAAGAGACAUCAGAGCAGAGCAUCAAGGUGGAUGUGAAAGCCACGCGCAAAAUGUUUGAAAUUCAUUCAGUGGAUAGUCAAAACCCCUGUCCAAGGAAAAACAUUGUUUGUGAGGACGAAAGUCGAUCAGGCCAGAAACCAAAGAGUAAUUCUGAGACUGAUGGAAAAGAAACAUCAGACAUUCACCAUAAAAGUCUAACCAGUGAUUUCAUUGACACAAAUGAGGUAUUUGUAAGUAUAUCUAAAGCCAAACAGGUCUUCGAAACGAUAUCACAUGACAAGAAGAACAUUUUACCAACAAAUGACAAUUUAAUCCGAGAAGAAGAACUGCUUAAGGCAAAUGUCAGAAACAGAGCUCAGAUGUUUGAAUCAACUCCACUUGAUAGGAUCAAUCAGCAAACCAAAGAAGAGUCAGAAACCAUCCUGGAGAACACUAAAGGAACUCUAGUUUCUUUAUGCAACUUCAGUAUCGUGCAUUCUGAUGGAACCAUCCUUGAAGCUACUGAAACUGGCCAUGUCAAGAAAGCAAGAUAUAAUUUCAUACAAGAAGAAACAAGACCAGUAAUUCAUGAUGAAGAGAUAGUGACUGGAUCCAUUAAGAGCAUCAUGCUUCAGAUGCUACCAGGAACAAACUUGAACCCAACUGUGACCUUCCUAAAAGAGGACAGUCAGGGCAAUGUGGAGAUUCAGAAAGUAGAUGUCCCUAUUCACCAACUUCCAUUCACUCGAGAUAAAGAGUGCAGAAAUGCCAAUGUGGUGCAGAUUACUGAAGAUCUACUCAGUCAAAAGAAUUCGCUGAGAAAAGGAGUCUUGAUACAGGAUGGAACCACAGGAACGAGAGAGAUAACUGUUUAUGCUCUAUUCAACCACAGUGAAGACAGUACAGGGGUUAUGGAGUUUGGUCAAACUGAUUUUAGAACCAUUCCCUCAAGUCUAAGGAACGUUCCAAAGUCUGAAAAUGGUGAUCUGAAGACAGAUAUUAGUUCAUCAGAAAGUUCUUCAGUAGUAGAUACAAACAAAACUAGUAAUAAUGUGAGAAACAUUGAGAAAGAAGACCUUGAUCAUCUAAAAUGCCUGCAGGAAACCUCAAAUGUAGAUAUAGGUGCAUCUACUGGUGAUACAAGUGAGAUUAUACCAGGUAAAGUUAACAACAUCAAAGCCCUUUUUACUACCAAUAUAGAUGACACAAGCUUUAACAUGCAGUUGGAUGAAAACAAGUCAAAAUGGUCACCUAAAGAAAGAUUGGUAACUAAUGAAAAAGAUAAUGCAGUAGCAACAAACCAAUCUGAGCAUUGUCCUGACACAGGAGACAAUCUGAAAAAAGAAAGGAUUCUCCAGAAUCAAGAUAUCAUGAAUGAUGAAGUCAUUCUUCAAGCAGAGUUAGUUGACGUUGUUGAAGAUGAUGAGUUGGUGAAUCUACAAACAGCCAUUGUGAACCUUCAUCAGGCGACAAUGGAGGCAAAAGCUCUUCAGCAGAGUGUACAAGCAAAAUGUACUUCCCAGCCAAACCAAACCCAACAAAUCUGUGAUUCUGGUUCAAUGACCCAUGAGUUUGCACCUGUGAAAAACAAUGAUAAUGUAAGUGAGAACGAAGAGCUCUCACAGUUUCCCAAAACUGAACUGGAAGAAGAAAGUAAGGAGGAUGUCAUGAGAGGUAGCAUACAGGCAGCUCUUGAUUCCUUGGGAAAAUCAAACAUUAAUGUCACAAAGGGUGAUUUUAGAGCCGCCAUGAUUUAUAGGAAUUCUGGUAAAGGAUAUGCAAGACACAAAAAGACGAAUGAUGUGAUGAUGAGCCAGAUGAACCAGCCUAGUGAUAGGACUAGAGAAAGUAAGUCAGCAAUAUCUUCUCCUGUGCCUCAAGCUGAAAAGAAAGCUUUAAAAUCACCUGAGGGAACUGACACAACCCCUUGUGAAAGGCCAUUUGUAAACGAGCCAGUGACAUGUUCUCCCUUGCCUGUAUCUGUAGAAACACCUGCUAAAAAUCGUAAAACACCUAUUGGACCCAAACCAGCUAUCCCACCUAAACCAGAUCAUUUAAAAAUUAAGCCAAACCUUCUUGGUUCUGAAAUUGACACAGAACAUCUCAACAAAUGCCAAGUCCCUCUUGCUUCUUCAAAGCAUGCACCAACUGAGCAGAUUAAACAAUCUUCAAUUUCCAAACCAUGCCCAGACUCAAUGUCUCAUGAAGAUGCACUCUGCGAAAGUGUAGAGCAUACUGAAGCCAAUGAAACAGAGCCUACUGAUUCAUCAGUGAGGAAGACUGAACAUCCUAGAGGUAAAAAGCUUAAUUGUGUUGAGGUUGUUGAAGAAACUCCAAAGAGCUCCCCAGAAAGCAUUGUCAGUGAAUCUUCCUCUGGAUUUCACGCUACUCUUCAAAACUUUGGGGGAAAGCCGAAUGGUUCAGUGCCUCCUGUUAAACCUAAAAGAGUCAAAAUGGCAGAAAAAAAUCUGAAGAACACAGACAACACCAAUCCAUUUAACUCUACCACUCUGGAAACUGAACCAGCACAGGGAAUCACUUCUCCUCACGACAAAGACUCCUCAGGCGAGACCUGUAAGACAGAUAGCAAAAACUGUGAGGAAAGAAAUGAUAAAAGUGAUGAUCAACAAGUUAGUGGAGUGGUCAGACGGGAAAAGAAAAUUAGAGGAGAGACUGAGGAUGAGCGGAGGCAGAGGCUUUCGGUGCACAUGGAUGAAAUCAUGAAAGGAAAUGUGCCAGCUGUCAUGGAGAUCUUUGACAAGCUGAAAAAGCAAGAGGAAUUGAAAAACAUACUGUCCAAAAUGGAAGAAAUCGAAGAAGACACCAACAAAGUGGAUGUGAGCUCACUUAAAAACAUUUUUGAGAGCGUACCUGAUUGGGUUGUGCCUCAAGAGCCAAAAAUAGUCACACCAGAACAUACUGAAGCACCAAGUGAACCAGAGAUGAUGUCAUCCAUGGAGGUGGCUUUUGGGGACUUAGAGAAAGCUGGUGCAGAGAUAAUCCGUUUAAAAGACCAAACGCUUGCAAGACUCAUGGAUGUAGAGGAGGCCAUUAAAAAGGCUCUUUACUCAGUAUCAACUUUGAAAUCUGACUCUGACAUUGUAGGACUCUCCGGUCUCUUCAGGGAAUCAAUGGUGGCCGUACAAGGUUCACCUCCCUCAGGUAAUAUCAGGAAAAUCAGCAUUGGGUCAAGCAAAUCUCAAAACCAGAUGGGAAAGAGGGUUUCUGAACAGUCAACGACACAGAAAAAGCCAGAGCUUUUUAUUCCCACAACCAAACAGAGAUCAGCCUCACCGACGUCUCCUUCAUUUAUUUCCAUUCAGUCUGCAGCGAGGAAGCCUUCGGAGCUGCCAUCACCUCAGAUCAGUCCCCUGAAGGAAGAACCAAAGGAAGAGACCAAGCUGCAGUGCUGCUGUAGUGUGCCUUCAGACCACAGGCAAUGUUCUGUCACAAAAGGGCCAUCCUCGAGCCCUGUGAAUCCACAACGGCAGGUCAGUGUGCUGGAAGUACAAACGAAGCCUGAAGGAGAGAGAGUCAUUGGAACAAAAACCAUCAGCGAGAACUACGAGAGGAUAGACUGCUUCGGCAACAAGUUCUACUCCUCGAAAACCUCCACGGUUGUGACAACCCAACCUGAAACCAGAACAACUUCUAAAAAGCUCACCAUGAGCAAUCCAGCCACAUCGGAAAUUGUCACAUACCCAAGAAUCAACACACCUUUUAUUAGAGAAGAGCGUCCUAAACUGUAAAUUUAUUUCGAAAUUUAUUUCGGUUUUGGUUGUCAUGUAAUUGCAAGAUCUAAUAAUGUAACAGCCAAUGCAUUUUUGUACUUUUUUGCUUGGUUAUCUUUUGUCAUGCAGUCAUGCAUGUUC